UUCUUUUUUUGUUUUCUUUUCUUUGUUCAUAUUUCAUGUCUAGUACUUGAGGUAACUAUCAAUUUUACUAAGAUCAAUCAACACAAACAUCCAACUUCAAUAGUACUUUGACAGAUACAUGGCUCAACAGGAAGAAGGUUGGCCCCUAGGAUUGCAGCCCCUGAAUGCGAGAGUUGGGCUGGCUAGAAACCAUGACUACUCAGGAUCAAUAUCAUUCAACACUAUAGUCACUGGUUUUCCAACUUCCUCUACAGAUUCCUCUUCAGACUUGGCCACAGAGGUCAUACUGGGUCUUUUUUUCCAUGACAAGAGCAUUACACUUGGGAGCGUAAUUGGUGUUUCUAGCAUCUUGGAACUCUCCAAAAUAUCUGUAAGAGAAAGGAAAGCUGAAGCAACAAGAGAAAAAAGGAGCAACAUUAACAGAUCAAAAGUUUGGCUCUUUUCUUUAUGCUCAAGGGAUGAUACUGAUGCUGAUCAGAAUGUUAAUGCAGACAAUGCUCCAUCACUUGGCCACUUCCUGGCGGAGGAAAGAAGAGCUGCUAGUGACUAUAGAAGGAGCCUGAGUCCUACAGUCCAUGGACCUGUUGAGCUUGCCCUGACUCAGCCUAAUAUGGAAUCAAUCUCAUGUCAUGGUGCAGAUGCUGAGAAUAGAAAGAAUGCCAGAUUAGAUAAUGAUGAUCACAGUUAUGGAGUUCCAGUGCUGCUUUCAUGCAUGUGUGGGCAACCCUCCCUCUAA